CUUCCCUCCCUCCAAGCCGGAGCAGGGAGCGGAGGCUCCGCGGAGCUGAGCAGAAGGAGCCGGGAGAGGCAGCAGAGCCGGUGGCCAGGGGAGCCUGGCAGGAGGGAGAUGCCGUGUUGGCCACUUCUGCAUUGCCUGGAAAACCUCAGCCCGUGAAGAGUCUGAACUCUGACACAAAGCAAGGCAAGAAUUAAACACUUGGCAACACUCCUGCUCCACGCUGGAAAGCCACAGCUCACCAGGAUGCUCUCGGAGGGAAGAGUUGCUCAGCAUACAGAGAGAGCUCUAAUUCUUGGUGGCUUUGUUCGUGGAGUCUUCUGAAUCUUUCAGUUAUUUUGAAAAAAAAAAAUCUGAUUUUUUGCCAUGGUGGAGGUCAGGAGAGGUAAGUUAGAUGCUCCUUGCUGCCUCACAUCCCACUCUUGGGAAAUAACCCACUUGUAAAUGAGAGCAGCUGUGUCUUAGACAGCCAAAAGCUCUCCCUUCUGGCUGGCAAGGCUGUCAGUGACACCUGGGGAAGGCUGUGACCAGCAGGCAUGGGCAACAGCUCUUUUUGGGAUGCUCUGAACAGCUCCUGCAGCAGUGCAGGCAACAGCUGCUACCUGGACAACAGCAUGAAGCUCAACUUAACCUUCCAAGAGCAGGCAGCUGAUUUCUACGUUGUCCUGCCUGUGAUUUACUCCAUGAUCUGUGCUGUUGGGCUCACAGGCAACACCGCUGUCAUCUACGUGAUCCUCAAAGCCCCCAAGAUGAAGACUGUGACAAACAUGUUCAUCCUGAACCUUGCUAUAGCCGAUGACCUGUUCACACUUGUCUUGCCCAUUAAUAUUGCUGAACACCUCCUCCACUACUGGCCCUUUGGAGAAGUCCUUUGCAAGGUUAUCCUCUCCAUAGACCACUACAACAUCUUCUCCAGCAUUUAUUUCCUAACGAUGAUGAGCAUAGACAGGUACCUGGUCGUGCUGGCUACAGUCAGGUCCAAGAGGAUGCCACACCGUACCUACAGAGCAGCCAAGAUUGUCAGUUUGUGCAUCUGGAUCCUGGUCACCAUCAUAGUUCUCCCUUUCAUCAUCUUUGCCAACGUCUACGUGGACGACCUGGAGAUCAAGAGCUGCGGCCUCAACUUCCCCAAGCCCGAAAGGUUUUGGUUCAAAGCCAGCAGGAUCUACACCCUCAUCCUUGGCUUUGCCAUCCCAGUAUCCACCAUCUGCAUCCUUUACACCAUGAUGCUCUACAGGCUCAGGAACAUGCACCUGAACUCCAACGCCAAAGCCCUGGACAAAGCCAAGAAGAAAGUCACCGUGAUGGUUUUCAUCGUCCUGGCUGUCUGCCUCUUCUGUUGGACUCCCUUCCACUUGGCCACCAUCGUGGCUUUGACCACUGACUUGCCCCAGACCUCCAUGGUCAUUGGUAUAUCCUACUUCAUCACCAGCCUGAGCUAUGCCAACUCCUGCUUGAACCCUUUCCUCUACGCCUUCCUGGACGACAGUUUUCGGAAAAGCUUCCGGAAGAUGCUGGAAUGCAGAACUUCUUGAACACUGGCUUGGGGCUAGAAGAUCCCUUCCCUCCUGGGGCCCCUUUGCAGACUGGAGGGGUGGCAAAUGAACACACAACAUCUUUCCUUUCAUUUCCACCCAAUUCUUGUGCCUGCUGAUCAUCCUCACCCCCAUGAUUUGCUUUUCCUGCUCCCUUGCCACUCUUGCAUUUUCUCUCUCCCUGCUCCUUCCCCAAGUUGUAUUUCUAUAUUCUUAGGAUGAAGCUCACCCCUGGAAGGAUCCAGGGCAGCCAAGCUCCCUUUUUCUGAGGUUUCACUCUCCCACACGUGGUUCUUUGUUGCCAUCUGCUGGGGCCCAGCUUCCCUCAGGAGCUCCAGUAUUUGGGAAUUGUUCCAUGGAGCAGAGGUUCCCAGCACAGAGGAUGCAAGAGGACUAUUUGGAAAAGCAAACCAACCCUUUCCAUGCCCAUGGCUCUGUCUAUCUGUGUUAUGACUGGUUUUGAGGGAUCUCUUUUCCAUCCCCCCCUCCCAAAUCCCCUCUUUCCUGGACUGGUACCACAAGCUAAAUUUAAACCAAGAGGAAGAUUUGGGUCAUAAAAAAACAGUGGUAAACAAAACACCUCACAAAUGAUACAGCAACAGUGGGAAUUUGUGCUAGAAAUUAUUUUUAACCCGUUGUUCCUGUGGAGUAUCCAGUACUUAUUUAUUUAAGAGCAAUUCAUGAAAUAAAGCUCAUGGGGAAAAAAAAAAGAGACUGGUCCUU